UCAUGGAAAAGGGACAGCACUCUCGGCACGCCACCAUAGUCAAGCCUAGUGAGCAGCGUGCACACGGUCCGUGUUGUGUCCAUGUAAUGAAAACAACUCGCAAAAACAGAAUAGACACGUCUGUUUAAGAGUGAUAAUGGGCGUGCACGGUUUGACGUCACUGAUUGACAAUAAUCCACAUCUGCUGAAAGAUUACCAGCUCCACGACUGCAAGGUUGUCAUAGACGGAAAUAACUUGUACUAUUUUCUGUAUUUAUAUUGUCAUGUGCGUUACCAAUUCAGUGGUGAUUUCGACAUAUUUCGGCGUAAAAUUUGCAUGAUAUUUUCUUUGUUCAAGAAGUGCAACGUAGAACCGUACGUUGUUUUUGAUGGUUCGCAGACUAUAGAUGGACGGAAAUUCCAGACCAUAAUAGAUAGGGCCAAAGACCGAAUACUGUCUGCAGGCCGUAUUGCACGUGGGCAGAGGGGUACUUUGUUACCGUGCCUUGCUCAGGAAGCGUUCAAACAGACUUUAAACGAGAUAGGCGUAAAUCAUGUCACCUGUGACUUCGAGGCCGACAGUCAGAUGGCGGUGCUGGCCAAUGAGUGGGGCUGCCCCGUGAUCAGUUGCGAUAGCGACUUUUACAUCUAUUCAGUGACUGGGGGCUUCCUACCUUUGGAUUAUGUGGACUUUCGUCCAGUGCAGUGCAGCGUCAAGGGGCAGACAUAUGCAUAUCUCCCUGUCAAGUUUUAUCAUUUAGAUCAUUUCAUUUCCCACUGCCCCUUCAAGAGAUCCGUGCUUCCACUGUUUGCCUCCAUUCUUGGCAAUGACUAUAUUGAUGUAAGGAACUUUCAGGGGUUCUACCUCAUGUUAUCACAGAAGCCAGUGCCCAGCUCAAGAUUCCUGCCUGUGACCAAAAAGCAUGAGCAGAUUUUGUUACUGAUGGAUUGGCUGGAGAACAGGACCAUCGAAGAUGGAAUCUCAGAAGUUAUGAAUUUUAUUGACAAGGAAAAAAGACCCAAAUUUCUGCAAAAACUUCAGCAGUCAAUCUCUGGUUAUGUUGAUAUACAGACAUAUGAGUCUUUUAAUCUUAAGGAGUAUUUUGAGACAGGUCACAAGACCCUGUCAGUGAAAAGGAACCUAGGCAUUGAACUGCCUGCCUGGUUUGUCAAAGCCCAUCGUGCUGGAACAAUAUCACCAGUUGUCUUGAAUGCGACUAUGGUACAUCGUGUUAUCUUACCUAUACAGGUGGAGAGUAUACAAUGGCCUUCAUCCUUCUGUGUGUCCAGACACUUGCGGGAGGCUAUUUAUAGUAUUAUUCUCAACACUGACAGCUCCACAGUCACAUUUGGAGAAUGCAAGGACUUACCAGACCUCUGUGCACAUACACCAUCUUUUAGCAACUGUAAACAUAUUGAUGGAGACUUUGAGGCAGGGGAGAAAACUUUUAUAUCAGGUGAUGGAGAUGGAAUGAUAACAUCAGGGACUGGAGGGAACAUAUGCAAGAUGUGUCAGCAAUCUGUCCACUGCAGUGAAAGUGUAGUUCGAAAGUCAGAGAAAUUUUCCAAAAAGCCUGGUGGUGUAGAAGAGUAUACUCGUGUGAAUCGAGAACUUCAUAAGAUAUUCAUUAAGCCUCUAGUUAGCCUUCCAAAUUUUGGAACAUUGCCAGCACUGGCAGACAUAGACAAACUUGUUCUGUCACAUAGACGUGCUUUAGUGAUGGAAGUUAUGGGAAUAUCCCAAAAUCUAGUCAAGAAGUUUGAUUCCUCAUUAGAAUUGUUUAUGAUGUGUCUUGUCUUUUGGAUAAGAAAUUCUGACCCUAAAGUAACUGUGCAUCACCUGAGAGGCUUCCUUGUUUCUGCCAUUCUUCUUCACGUGCAUCGAGAGAUCACCCAAAGGGAAGAACAGUCGAAGGAGAAAGGUGAUGGAGAGGGCGAGCCACCUUUUGAUCACUCGGCUAUUAAAUACACAUUGGAAGCAAACUUGUCUUCGGAGACGGCAGCUUAUGAAUGUGAAGGCAGAAAACAUGUAGAGAGCGUACACACAGUGGAGGCCUCUUUAAGCAUUGAGAAAGUCUGCAAUGCAGCAGAUUCACAACUGUUGCACAGAAUUAGAGAUAAUUUGAAGAAGUACUACAAUGAGCCUCAAAAACAGGGCAAAACCUUUCAGCCUGACUAUCCCAUUUUCCACAGGACUGCUACAUUCAUGGCCUGCAUGCUAGACGGCAUUAAUCUCAACAGUGUGCUUGCUCGUCCCAUGGCCUCACCACAGCUUGCAUUGCUGCUGAAUGGAACUUUUAUUUAUAACAUAGUUUGGGAGCUGCAAGCUCGCAGUAGUCCGGAUUUAUUUCUUCAGGAGAUGCUGGUGAAGGGUUCAUCUGUGGCGGAACUGUUCAUCUCCCUCUAUGCUGCUUUGCUAUCAGAAGCAGGGGAGGCAAUUCAAGAUGUGCAGAAACAAGGAAAUAAGUGCUGCAAAAGUUCCAGAAAAAGGAAAAAAUUAAAAUCAAAGAACGUUCAGUGUGAAGAUGCAGAGAACAGCGCUGCAUUUGUCCAGGAUUCUCUAGAUGAGGGCUCAAUGGUGGUAGACUGUGCAGUUAGCAAUAGGUUUGGAGCAUUGAUGCUAGAUGAAUGAGUGUGAAGCACCAGCAAUAUUUUACUGUUUGUACGUGUUAGAUGUUGACAGGCACUGAGAUAUAAUAAAAGUAAAAAAAAAAAUAAUGAAAGAUCAUUUACAGUUUAUAAAUGUACUUGAGGACAGAAGACACUUUUAACUAAAUGUCGGUGCCUUCUUUUUCGUAAGAUUAUCAACUGCAUAAUUAGAAAAACUUACAUGUUUUUGUACUGUUUAACUUUUUUGUGUAAAAAGCUGUUGUGUACAAUGUACUAAAUAUUUUAAGCUGCCAAUUUUUAUUAGGGCUUGCAAUAAAGGAACAAUAGCAUUUUAUUGAUAAAUAGGUUAGAGUUCAUAUUUUAUUAAUAAGCAGGUUAUGGUUAACAUUUUAGCAUCUUGCUCUAUGGUCGCCUUUAAAUUACACAAUUUUCAUGAGUCCAUCUUUUCUAUCUUCUGUCAUAAAGCUACGUGAUUAAUAUUCUGUUUUGUCUCCGUUACAUGUGUAAAGUACACAGUUUGGUUGCUGAAAUAAGGGCAAAACACGUAAUGCUUGGACAAUUUACUUAGCUUCUUUCCCUUUAACUCUGCUUUACGUAGAAGAUUACCAGCCUCUGGAGAUAACGGUGAAAGCAAGAGAACUUGCUUAUCGUCUAGUAAAUUCCUACACAUUCUGAUGGUUUUUUUUUUUAAGUCGUUAUUGAACAAUAAAUGCAUAACGAUUCUUAAGGAAUUCUUAUUA